AUGUCGGACGCGCCCUUCCUGAGCCCGGAAGAGGAAUUUGCCCAGCUCCAGAAGCUCAGCAACGAGUACGAGCCCGAGGUCGCGGGCCCGCUUGUUGGCGACCGCCAGAGCAGCAGUGCCAUCGCGACCGAAUACGCGAAUGCAGACCCCGUCUACAGGGUCAAAACCCAGGCGCUGCCCGCAAAGUAUGCCUUCUUCCGCACCUGCCGUGGCGACGGCCACUGCGGAUGGCGAGCCAUCGCGUUUGGCUAUUUCGAAGCCCUGUUGCAUGUCGGCGAUGUCGCCAAGUUCGACGUCGAGGAGGCCCGUCUGAUUUCCAUGAACAACCUCCUGAACCUGGCUGGUUUCUCCGAAGAUGUCUACAUUGACUUCGCCGAAGAGGCCUACGACCUGCUCCGCAAGCUGGGUGGCUCACUGCAGGUGGGCAACGGCGCCAGCCUGCUCCUCGAGGCCUUCAACGACAUGGGCGUCUCCAUGGCCAUCAUAACAUAUGUCAAGCUCCUUGCCAGUGCCUGGAUUCAGUCGCGUGCGGAUGAGUACCAGAAUUACCUCCAGACAGACGUCAAGAGCUACUGCUCUCAGAAUAUCGAAGCUGCCCUCUGUGAAAUUGACGAUGUGGCCGUUGCUGCGCUCUCAGAAGCUCUCGUCAAACCGGCCGGCAUUGGCCUUGAGAUUCUUUACCUGGACCGAUCCAUCGGCGACGAGGUCAACGCCCACGCGAUUUCACAGCCGAUGAACUUCAACGGCCUCUUGCCCAUGAUCCGGUUGCUUUACCGACCUGGCCACUACGACAUCCUCUACAAGGCAGAGGAUUUGCCAGCCCCUCUUCAGCAAGCGCCAAUACAUGUGGCUCUCGCGUACAGCAACAGCCACAGUUUCGAAGCAGCUUCACCCGAUGCCAAUCUUCUGUCUAUGAUUCCCGGCAUGUAUUCGCACAACCGUUUCCAGACCAUGGAUCAAAGCUUCGGACAGCGUUGGCCGGCUACGUACGAAUUCGAUUCGACCCCGGCCCCGCAGCCUCAAAUCACUCCUGUUCAGCCAUACGCACCUGCCCCAUCAGCUCCGGUGGCACCUGCAUCUGUUCCUCAUGGGGAGUACAUGUCACCUUUACACGCAAGCCCGAUAAGUCACCAGAGUCCGGCGAGCCAUCAUAGCCUCCAGAUGGAGCAGCAGUCCGUUUCGCUCCCAUUCCAUUCAGCUCCGCCCCCUCCGGUCAGCAUAGAUCGGACACCUGUCACAGUUGAGCGGGGAGGACCUUUCAGGCCUUCAAUGUACGAAUUGGAGCCAGGAUUUGGCAUCGGUGACGCGUUGCCAUUCCAGACAAAUAUUUUCCGGAAUUCGCAUUUCAAUACCUGCCACUUCAUGAACCCAUCUUUCCAGCCCGAGGAAUGGUCCCCUCAUGAGUAUCGGACAGGCAACAAGGGAAAACACAAGUCCGUCUCGCAGUAG